GAAAGGGAGGAACAACGGAAUGGCAUUUGGCAACCCAUGAGCGCCGUCUGUGACACUAGCUGGCAGAGUGAAUGGUUUAAAGAUAUAAGGGGUUGACUUCGGCAUUUCGGAAUAAGAAACCGCAAGAACUCUGAAUUUAUUCACUCGUUAAGUAAAAUGUAAACGUGCUUGUUAUUCGCAUGGUCGCGAAUCCUCGGAGAUUAUCGCCUGGACCUCUGAAUGGCUAGACAUCUAUUAAAGGUAGUCCACCACCACAACGGCGUGUCACUUUGCUAUCGUGUCAGAUAGGGUCCUGCUUUGUAAAUUCAGAAGGCCGAAGGCGGACUUGGCCAGCAAGGUGGCUGAUAAACGGGGGAUAAGAUGGGGUCGGGAUUUCGGAGUGAAGAGAUGUGCUUGGCGCAGUUGUUUCUGCAGUCCGGCUCAGCGUACGACUGCAUCAGCGAGCUUGGAGAAAUGGGUCUGGUUGAAUUCCGAGAUCUCAACCCCAGUGUCAGCUCCUUCCAACGUCGCUUCGUCAGUGAGAUCAAGAGGUGUGAGGAGAUGGAGAGGAUUCUAGGCUAUGUCUUAAGGGAGAUCAGGAAAGCAAAUAUUCCAGUUCCUGAGUGCGACGACAGUCCAGUGGCCCCAGCGCCCAAGCAUGUCCUGGAGAUCAUGGAACAACUGCAGAGGCUGGAAGUAGAACUCAGUGAGGUGACCAAGAACAAGGAGAAGCUGGAGCGGAACCUUCUAGAACUCACCGAGUACACCCACAUGCUGCGGAUCACGCGCACCUUCGUGCACAGCCGCUCCAGGCAUGAAGCCCUGGGCCCUCAGUAUGAGGAGUUUCCUUCCCUCGAGACCGAGUCUGUGACUGGUUGCACCAGCAUGCAGAGGCUUGGAGCCAAGCUAGGGUUUGUUUCCGGCCUGAUCCGGAGGGUGAAGAUGGAAGCCUUUGAGCGCAUGCUGUGGAGGGUGUGCAAAGGUUACACUAUAGUCAGCUACGCCGAGGUGGAUGAAAGCCUCGUUGACCUUGACACGGGUGAGAUCAGUAGAAAUGUAGUCUUCCUGAUCUCAUUUUGGGGUGACCAAAUUGGCCAAAAAGUUCAGAAAAUAUGUGACUGUUACCACUGUCACAUCUACCCCCACCCGGAGACUGAUGAGGAGCGGGCGGACGUGAUGGACAGCCUGAAGACACGCAUUCAGGACCUGAAUAAUGUGUUGCACCGCACCGAGGACUACCUGAAGCAGGUGCUGCAAAAGGCCUCGGAGUCAGCCUUCUCAUGGGUGGUGCAGGUGAAGAAGAUGAAGGCCAUCUACCACAUCCUCAACCUCUGCAGCUUUGACGUCACUAACAAGUGUCUCAUCGCAGAGGUCUGGUGCCCGGUCAGCGACCUGGCCCAGCUACGCAGGGCACUGGAGGAAGGCUCGAGAAAAGGCGACGCUCCUGUUCCCUCGUUUGUCAAUCGCAUCCCAAGCAAUGAUACCCCCCCAACCCUCCUCAGAAGUAACAAGUUCACCUCUGGCUUCCAGAGCAUCGUGGAGGCUUAUGGAGUCGGAGACUACAGAGAAGCGAGUCCAGCUCCCUACACCAUCAUCACUUUCCCCUUCCUCUUUGCCGUCAUGUUCGGAGACCUGGGCCACGGGGUGAUCAUGGCGCUCUGCGGUCUGUGGAUGGUGCUGGGGGAGAAGAGCCACAAGCGAAGGCGCUCAGGGAAUGAGAUUUGGAAUACUUUUUUUGAUGGGCGCUAUAUAAUUUUGAUGAUGGGCCUCUUUUCGAUCUACACGGGCCUCAUCUACAACGACUGCUUCUCCAAGUCCCUCAACAUCUUCGGCUCAGGCUGGAGUGUUAGAGCCAUGUUCACAGAGCAACAGUGGAUGAAUGAAACUUUGAGAACAAAUGCUUUACUUACUCUUGAUCCAAAUAUCUCUGGAGUUUUCAGUGGACCCUAUCCAUUUGGAAUUGAUCCGAUUUGGAAUCUAGCUGUGAAUCGUCUGUCCUUCCUGAACUCCUAUAAGAUGAAGAUGUCCGUCAUAUUGGGUGUCAUUCACAUGACCUUUGGGGUGGUGUUAAGUGUCAUUAAUUAUGUGAACUUCCGGCAGAAGUAUAAAGUCUACCUGCUCUUCCUACCUGAGCUGCUCUUCCUGCUUUGUCUCUUUGGCUACCUGGUGGUCAUGAUCUUCUAUAAGUGGCUGGCUUACUCCGCACGGGACUCACGCUCUGCCCCUAGCAUCCUAAUCCACUUCAUUAACAUGUUUCUAAUGCAAGGCGGGGACACCACACCCCUUUACCCAGGACAGAUGGGGCUUCAGAUCUUUCUGGUAAUAGUGGCUCUGUUUUCAGUACCAGUGAUGUUGCUAGGGAAACCACUUUACCUUUACUGGCUUCAUCACGGAGGCAAGAGCCUUGGAGCACACAGGGGUUAUGAGAGGGUCCGGCGUGUGAGUGAGGAGGACCUGUCUCCAUCCAUGCUUCAUGAUGAGGAGGAGGGCCUCAGUGACCACAUGUCUGGUAGAGAUGGAGGAUCCAAGCAGUUUGACUUUGGGGAUGUGUUCAUGAACCAGGCUAUCCACACCAUUGAGUACUGCCUGGGUUGCAUCUCCAACACAGCGUCCUACCUGCGCCUGUGGGCCCUCAGCCUGGCCCAUGCCCAGCUGUCGGAGGUCCUGUGGCAGAUGGUGAUGCGUGUGGGCUUCAGGGUGACUACCAGACUCGGCCUGCUGUUUCUCGUGCCAGCGUUCACAGUGUUCUCUGUGCUUACUGUCUCCAUCCUGUUGAUCAUGGAGGGACUCUCGGCUUUCCUUCAUGCUUUGCGACUGCACUGGGUUGAGUUUCAGAACAAGUUCUACAGUGGCCAAGGACUCAAGUUUGCUCCAUUUGACUUUUCUCUGCUACCUUCUAUCUUUGAACAAGAUGGACUGCUGUGAGAUGGAGACUUUGUAAAUUAACUGUGACCAGGAGUGUAUGGUUUAAGGAUGUUGAUUUCUCACCGAGCUGCAAGUUUUUACCAUCAAGACAUUAUUUUAUACUUAAGACCACCGGCUGCACCAAGGCCUUCAACAGAAGCAUUCAUAUCAAGCUUAUUUGGAAACUGAUAAUCUCCAGUAGUUCAGAUAAACAAAUGCUGUUCCAGAUGUCAACAGUUUCGGUGUCAGUUGCCACACAAUACAUGGCAUACUCUUCAGAGAAUUUUAGAUUGCUAAUAUAUUUUCGCUUUUAAACAAAUAUUUAGAUUAUUUCCCAAAUAGAUCCUAUAAGGGGAGACAAUAAUGGAGUAACUGGGUGCGGCUACUGUAUUUAUUCAAUGUGGUCAUAUCAAACUUUAAAGCAAGUGCCAUAUAGGCUUACCUGUUAUUUAAUGGGCAGGCUUCAGUGCUGCGUUGAAUGUGAUUGUACUUCGGAAUAAGAUGUGUCUUUUAGAUUGCCGUGUAUUCACUGUACACCUCAAAAAGAAGCAAACAAAAAACACAUGGUAUUUUGCAGUUUGUACAAAGGAGAUGACAGUGUUACGGAAACUUAAUUGGGUAAAUCAAACACUGUAGCAACAUGUGGAUAUUGAGGGAUUUUCCUUUUGUAUGGUAUAACCAGACGCUGAUGGUAAUUGUGAUAAUAAAAAUCUGCUGGAAUUUGUUGAGGCCAU